UAUAAAAUAAAUAAAAAAUAGUUAAAAGAAGCAAAUAUUUUUGCCAAAUACUACGAAGAAGAAACAUUCUCCGACCGUCCCUUCCGUCUCGCCUGCAAAAUCCCUACACUUCUCAGACCACCACACAAUCUCUCUGCAUAAUUUACUUGCUGGGUACCUUCACUAAUUCUGUAGUUGAAAGAAACUACUCUUUUGUGAUCAAUGACUACACUUCAGAGUCAGGCAGGAAAAGAAAAUUCUACAGUUGUAAAAUCAGCUUCAUCUUUCAAAAGAUGGGGCAGAAAAGGCCCUUUUCUUAGAUAUGGUCUUCCCAUGAUAUCUCUUACUGUUUUUGGUGCUCUUGGUCUUGGCCAUCUUUUACAAGGCAGCAAGGACAUUGCAAGGGUAAAAGAUGAUCAAGAAUGGGAAAUAAUUGAAGCAAGAAAAGCACUGUCUAGAACAGGACCAGUAAAUGCAUACAAGCCAAAGAAAAUUUCAUUGGAGGAUGAGCUAAAGGAUUUGCAACAAAAGGUGGACAUUAAUGAAUAUGAGUUCAAGAAAAUUCCAAAACCAAAUGAAGACAGGCGAGUAUAGACUGGAGCCCUGGACUUGAAAACCUUGUCAAAAAUCUCAAAUACUGAGCUCAAAUCAAUUCUUAAGAAGUUAUGAGCCAGUUCAUCUUGCAGAUGAAGUUAUUGUUGUGUGCAUCUUCAGUGUUUUGACUUUUGAAUAUGUGACUCUGACGUUAUAGGUGAGGUAGUUGAGAUAAAUUGUCUCUAUGUCUGUGGAAUUUUGGGUAUCUAGGAUUUUUAAGUACUACUGUAAUGUGAACAGCAAAAGGUACUAGUACAUGUUUGGUUCUACUUUAAUAAUGGUGAAAAAACGAGUAAAUGUUUGUUCA